AGCAGGCUGGGCCCAGGUCGGCGCAGCCUUCGCCCCGGCGACCGCGGCGCCAUGCGCAGCCACGCGGGCCGCGUGGGCGCGUGAUCGCACGCCCCUUUUUUCCGGUACCUGCCAUACACGACACCGCCAUGCGCGCAGCGGGCGCUUUCUUUCCGCGGCUUGGGGGGUCUGGGUCUUGGGCCUGUUACCUGGCCUCCGCCCGCGCAGCGCGCGGCGGGCCCUGCGACUCCCAGCUCUUCCAGGCCGGGGCCCGGCCCGGCAGCCCCCGCGCUCGCCAGCAGGGCCCCCCCGAGACCUGCUUCUGGGCCGCAGGGCCUCGCCGAGACGGCGGCGGCUCCACCGCGAGUCCGAGUGCAAGCGCGACUGCGUCGAGCGGGGUAGGGUCUGCCCCUUCGACGAGGGCGGGUCCUGCUCCUGCGCGCCGGACGUCUAAUCCUCCCGCCGCGGGGCGGGGGCGAGCUCGCGACUGGCGUGUCCCCCCGGAGCUCCGCCGAGGCCGGGGCGGCGGGGAUGCUCGGCCUGAAGCGGGUGCGCUUCGUCGCGCAGCGCGCGGCGUCGCCGAGGGAGUGCCUCGGCAACCUUACGAGGAACAGCACGUACACGGUGCUGCUCGUGUUCGCGGGGCGGCGCAGCUACAUCCACAUGCUCCUGCACUACCUGGACGAGCUCGUGCGGCAGUGCUCCGUGCACGAGGUGCACGUGUGGGACUACGCCCGGGACAGGGAGGACGCGCGCUGGCUCCACGGGGCCGCCAAGAACCGCAGCGGUGCCGAGUGGCAGCUCAUGUCCCAUGCUGUGGAGGGGCGGGGCUGGGCCGACGUGUACGAGUUCUACGCCUCCCCAGAGGCGGGCGCCGCCCGCCCUCGGUGGCAGCCUCUGUCCGAGAUGGCAGGGCGGGACAACACGGUGCUGGUGAAAGCAGACGACGACAUCGUCUACAUCGACGUGUCCAGCUUCGACUCCUACGUGGACUUCAUCCGGUCGCACCGUGAGAAGUUCGUGGUCCACGCCAACGUUGUGAACAACGGAGUCGCCGCCUACUACCAGGCCAGGCACAUCCGGGAGCUGGCGGAUCGGAUUCGCGGGCUUGACGAGUACCCCAGCUGGCAGGGCCGCCUGGGCGAGUUCGGCUGGCUCUUGGACGGGAGCGGGCGCGCCGCCGACCUCCACAAGUACUUCUUGCGCCACCACGAGAACUUCUCGUGGACGGAGGGGGACGGGUGCAUCGUCUAUGGCCGGGAGCAGGCGGCGAGGACCGGCCAGGCCGGGCAGGGGCGCUUCUCGAUCAACUUCUUCGGCGCGCGCUGGUCAGAGUGGAACCACGUGCGCCGGCUGGCUCUCGACCCAGAGGGGGACGAGGUUGGGAUCACGACCCGCGGUUCCGCCGAAGGUCGGGAGCAGUGCAUCUUCACAGCCUUCAACGUCGCGCACUUUAGCUUCCGCGUGCAGAGUGUGGCCUGGGACGUCUACACCGCCUACGAGCGCCUGCUGGCCAGCGCGUAGGGAGGUCAUGCCACGAGCUCGGACGCAGCAUGGCGGAGCAGCACCACAGUGGCGACGUCUUGGGACGUGAGGUGGCCCGCCGCGGCCCGUGCGGUUGCCCCCCCCCCCCGCCCUUCGCCGCCUCUGCACGUCCUUCUGGACCUGUGUCGUUGGGCCGUCCAUCGGGACGUAUGCUGGCGCCCCGCGUCGCCCCGCCCUCGCCCCUCGCCGCCUCCUGGCGAGUUUGGCAGCAGUGCCCCGUCCGCCUCGCGGCCCCCCUGGCUUGUUUGGAGCCUGCGCGGUGCGUGCGUGCGCGCGCGCGCGUCUGGAGGCUGUCUCGAGCGGCCGUGUGCGCACGUGGACAGGGAAA